AUGUGGACAAAGGUUCGGGGUCUGGGUUUAAUGUUGAUAGGAAGAAGAUUCUCUUCUCAUAAGACACAAUCCAGAAAGACAUUAGUUGAUAUCCAUAAAUUGUACGGCAAUAAGACUCCGAUUCUGAUGGUUACAUCUUACGACUAUAUUACAGGGAAAUAUGCUGCUUCUGCCGGAGUAGAUAUCAAUUUAAUUGGUGAUUCGCUUGCGAUGACUUGCUUGGGAUACGAAGACACCAAUCAAUUGCCUUUUGAAGAGUUUCUUUACCAUGUUAAGGCGGUGGAAAGAGGUGAUAAACAAUCGUUUAUUGUAGCAGAUUUACCCUUUGGUACAUAUGAAGCCUCUCCAGAGAAAGCAUUGGAGACUUCAGUUCAACUAAUCAAGGAAGGAAGAAUUCAAGCUGUUAAACUUGAAGGAGGUCAUCCCUCAAUGAUUUCCAACAUCAGUAAGAUUAUUGAUUCGGGGAUACCUGUUAUGGGACAUGUUGGGUUGACACCUCAAAGACACAAUGUUUUAGGUGGAUUCAAAUUACAGGGAACAGAUACCAACCGUGCUUUACAAAUUUAUGAAGAAUGUGUUCUGCUUCAGAAAGCUGGUUGCUUCGCAAUUGUCCUUGAAUGCAUACCGAACAGAUUGGCCGAGUACAUUACCAGUAAAUUAAGCAUUCCUACUAUAGGCAUAGGGGCUGGACCUCAUUGUUCAGGUCAAGUUUUGGUGAUGGCAGAUUUAUUAGGAAUGUUAGAUGAUGAAAGUCAUCCUCCAGCUAAAUUUGUUAAAAAGUAUGCUAGCUUCAGUUCUGAGGCAGUCAAGGCAAUUCAACAAUACAGAUCUGAUUUGAAGGGAGUAUUUCCACAGGAAGACAUUCAUGGAUAUAAGAUGAAACGUGAUGCCCUCUUAGAGUUUAAGAGACAAGUUGACGACCGUUCAUGA